UUUAGGCAAGUCAGCUGCCAUGUCAACACCAACAUGAAAAAUAAGAAAAAAAACCCAAAUUUGAUUGGGUGAUCGAAUGACUUUGUUAAGCAGAAGUGAAACAGAGUGAGAGAAGCAAAUUGAUUCGAUCAAUCAAAAUAAACAAAUGGGUCGUUUAUUUACAGAGUCAUUAACCGGGCCUCGAAUCUUCAAGUGCAAGAGUUGUAAGAUGGACUCUGCUUCACGCGAUGACAUCGUUUCCAAGAACUUCCAGGGCCGUUUCGGCCGCGCUUAUCUUUUCCGAUCAGUGGUAAACGUAUCUCUUGGGCCUACAGAAGAGAGGGUUCUCAUCAGUGGGUUGCACACUGUUAAAGAUCUGCAUUGUAGCUCUUGUCAGCAAUUACUGGGUUGGAAAUACGAGAAAGCCUAUGAAGAGAGCCAGAAGUACAAAGAAGGAAUGUACAUCCUGGAAAAGGAAAGAAUGUUGAAAUCAGGUUGGUGAUGUAGUGGCCACGUAACAUAUUGGAAUAAACAGUGAAGGGCUAUCAUUUUUGUCUAGGAACAUUUGAAAGGAGAUUGUUUAAUAGGUAGUGACUAGUGAAGGCUAUCAUAUUUGUAGCUUUUGCAACUAAAUGAAAAGAAAUUAUUGUAUUCUGAGCAAUGUGCUAUCAUAUUGAUUUUCUUGUUUUUUUGACUGAUAA